AUGGGUUCAAUCUCUCCAACGCCCACGUACAAGGUGGAAAAGAUCGAUCGCUCCGACUUCCAGGGUAUCAUCGACGCCAUUGCAAAGAAUGGCUGCUGCAUCGUCAAGAACUUCACCGAUGCAGCCACGGUGGACAUGGUGAAUGAAGAGAGCAGGCCGUACCUGGACGCCGAUGUGCCAUGGGAGGGCGACUUGUUCCCACCUGAGACCCGGCGUUGCGCCAACCUGGCUGGACGCAGCAAGACGGUGCGAGAGAAAUGGCUCGUCGACCCUCUGGUGCGCGCCUGCACAGCCGCGUUUGUCGACAAGACGACGGUCAAUUACUACGGACAGACCAAGCACACGUACACGAGCGAGGCACAGUGUACCAUUGCCGUGACGCUGGAGAUUGGCCCCGGAGGCAAGGCGCAGCGACUACACCGGGACGACAAAAACUACCAUGUAGACCAUCCCGAUCAAACCGAGACGGGCUACCGGUUCGGCACCGACGUCGAGAUGGCCUUUAUGGUGCCGGGAGUCUUGACGACAAAGGAAAACGGAGCCACUCUAGCGAUUCCAGGCAGUCACCUGUGGCCGUCGGACCGGGAACCACCCCUGAUUGAGGAGGAAUCGAUUGCCUACGCCGAAAUGGACGUGGGCGAUUGCUGGAUCAUGUUGGGCGGUUUAUACCACGCAGGAGGCGCGAACAACACCACGAACGUGAAAAGAACCGUCCACGGACUGUUUUUUGUCAGGGGGUAUCUGCGACAGGAGGAGAACAUAUACCUUGCAAACUCGCCCGAGCAGGUGCUCUCCUGGGCUCCAGAGGCUCAGAAGGUUCUUGGAUAUAACGUCUCGAGUCCCAAUAUUGGCUUUGUUGAAUUUGUACCUCCAAUGGAUUAUCUGGCAGGUGUUCGUCCUGCGGACGGAGUCCUGAAAGAUUUUGAUCCUUCUCAGGAGAAGAAGACAUGA